GUUUAUUUUCAGCUUUGGAAGACCGAUCAGCUACUAACAAGUAUGGAUGCUAUAGCUAUUGGCAGACCACCGGAAGGCGGCGAAGAAAAAUUCUGGGAGCCCGAACAAUGUUGGCUACAUUGUGACCAAUCAGCUGAUCGCAUUGGGCUGCAUGGAUAUCAAGGCGCUGUCUACUUGGAGGAGUGUUGUGAUGACGAUUGGACCUUCGAGGUAGUAGAAGGAUCGCAUAACUAUUUUGCAGAGUUUAUGGAGCUCAUUCAAAAGCCAAGAUGCACUAAAGUGUCUAAGGAGAACUUGGAGUGGUUCUCAAAACGAGGUUGUCUGCGUAAACGGGUUGCAUGCCCCAAAGGUGGUUUGUUGCUCUGGGAUUCACGUCUGCUACAUGCAAACGCUCGUCCCGUCCGGGGUAGAAGUCACCCUGGCAGGUGGAGAUUUGUGAUUUUUGUCUGCAUGACCCCAGCAGCGUGGGCCACUCCUGUGGAUUUAGAGGCGAAAGUGAAAGCAUACAACAGUCUUAGCCUUACCGGUCACUGGCCCUCCAGCGGAAUUGUUACGUUCAGUUCAGAGCUCAAAGAGGGCAGCGUCCCUGAUCCUUGUCCGUUACAGAAGCUUCCCGAAGUAGCAACAACUGAUACCGCACGAAAGCUGGCUGGAGUUACACCUUACGAUGCCAUUGAAGAGGUGCCGUACAUUCCCAAGUUCGAUCAAUCAAAGUUGAGUCAGAUCAUGAAGUAGCCCCCUCUAUUCUCUGAUUAGGACCAGUAGCUGCCACUCUAUUCCUUUUUAGGACCAGUAGUGGCCAUUCUAUUCUCUUAUUAGGACCAGUAGCUGCCACUCUAUUCCUUUUUAGGACCAGUAGUGGCCAUUCUAUUUUCUUAUUAGGACCAGUAGUAGCCAUUCUAUUUUCUUAUUAGGACCAGUAGUAGCCAUUCUAUUUUCUUAUUAGGACCAGUAGUAGCCACUCUAUUUUCUUAUUAGGACCAGUAGUAGCCACUCUAUUCUCUUAUUAGGACCAGUAGUAGCCACUCUAUUCUCUUAUUUGGACCAGUAGUAGCCACUCUAUUCUCUUAUUAGGACCAGUAGUAGCCAUUCUAUUCUCUUAUUAGGACCAGUAGUAGCCACUCUAUUCUCUUAUUAGGACCAGUAGUAGCCACUCUAUUCCUUUUUAGGACCAGUAGUGGCCAUUCUAUUUUCUUAUUAGGACCAGUAGU